AUGACAGACCUGGGAGGUAUACCUGUUAAAUGGUUCCCCGCAAGUUGGACUUUACGAGAAAGAAAACAACGUGAAAAGUUCCAAGCUGUUAUUCAUGACAUUCCAGAGGAUAUGAUGAUGGCUACCUUCAAAAGAAGGAGAAAACUUGUAGCCUAUUUUGAGAAUUGGGAGACCACACUAAGGGCCUUAGAUACGCCACAGUUUUUUGUACCUGAUGAAAAAGACAAAGAAUCUCUUGAAGAACAUGGAUCGUAA